AUGAUUAAGAACAUUUUAAAGCACUCACCUUUUUCAGAGUUUGAACAGCAUUCUGUUCCUAAUACGAACAUCGUACUGCCAAGAAUAAAAAUAAAAAACAUGACAACAGCAUAUCCAUCUAAGCCCCAGAUAAGAAAUAUUGUUGGGACGGGUUCGGGUGGUGGUGGCUUGGGACAAGAUAGGGUGCAAUCAACACAUGAACAUGCUGGUUUUAUUCCCUGUUGA